AUGUCACCCUCUAGUAAAUCACCCCCUCCUGCAGUUUCUAAGGGUCUCACAAAAGAGCAACUCGACACCUUUAGCAAAGAUGGCUACUUAAUAAUCCCAGGCGCCCUCCCCCCCGAAACAGUUUCCUCCCUCCUCUCCGAAACACAUUCUAUGCUAAAUGAUUUCUCGCUGGAAGACCACCCUAUGACGAAAUUUAGUACGGGGGAAAGAGAAGAUAUUGAACAUGUAGGGGAUAGCUAUUUUCUGGAGAGUGGUGAUAAGAUUCGAUUUUUCUUUGAAGAGGAUGCCCUUUCCCCCACCGGCGCCCUCCUCAAACCCAAACACCUCUCUAUCAACAAAAUCGGACACGCCCUACACACGCUCUCCCCCCCUUUCGCUGCACUCCUCUCUCCCCACUCCACGCACUCCCCCUCCCUCAUCGCGCACUCCCUUGGGUUCCAACAACCCCAAUGCCUACAAUCGAUGAUCAUCUGCAAGAACCCGGAGAUCGGAGGCGCCGUCCCUCCCCAUCAGGAUAGCACAUUUCUAUAUACGGAUCCGCCGAGCGCAGUGGGUUUCUGGUAUGCGCUGGAGGAUGCGACGCGGGAGAAUGGGUGUUUGGGGUUUUGGCCGGGAAGUCAUCGAUGGGAGGGGGUGGGGAGGAGGUUUGUGAGGAGGAGUGAGGGGGAGGGGGGUGGGACGGAGUUUGUGGAGAAUGAGGGGGCGAGGUUUCCGGUGGGGUUGGAGGUGAGGGAGAAAGAGGGGAAGGGGGAGGGAGAGGAGAAGGAAAAGGAAAACUAUGUUUUGGGGGAAGUCAAGGCGGGGGAUUUGGUGCUGAUUCAUGGAAAUUUAUUGCAUAAGAGUGAAAGGAAUACGAGUGCGAAGGGGAGGAUUAUUUACACAUUUCAUGUUAUCGAAGGAGAGGGGGCAGUGUAUGAUGAGAGAAAUUGGUUGCAACCUCCUGAAGGGGGAUUUACUAGAUUGUAG